AUGCAUGCCAAUACCUGUUUAAAGCGAUUGAUUGGUAAGAUUUGGUAUUUGCAUUGCAGAAACCUUGGCGUAGAUAGGAUUGCAUCAAGACAUGAUGAUAGCUCCUUUGACCAAUACUUCAAUUUAUGCGUCUGCGCAUGCAUUGUCGGAUACGAUGGCGAAGUGCUGUAUGGCGUUCUCAUCCGGGCGGCGAAACCGCAGGUUGCAGCGUGGCAAAUUAUCGGUCAUACUGUGGAAAUUCGGUGA